AUGCUGUCGCCACGCACGAUCUCAACCAUGCUCGACUUCAUGGGUGUGCUCAACACGCUUCUCGAUCGCCAUCGCCGCGCUCUCCUUGCUGAGAAGGACGCGGCCGACACGCUCCUCGUUAGCAAGGGCCCGGUGGGCCAUCAAAGCUGCAGCCACGACCGCUCCGAGCACGAAGAUGUCGUCUGCGACUCAGAGACGACAAUGGCUGCGCUGGCCGCGUCGCUCGAUUUCUGUCAGAAGCGCGCGACCGCCGAUUUGGCGCGCAUGGACAUGGCCAUCGCAGCAGAAGCCAUCCGCACUGCCAAGACCCGCGCCAACCAGAAAGCCGCGCAAACCAAGGCCAUGCAAGUGGUGACGAUGCUGGUUCACGCGCUCGCGACUCGCAAUGCUACCCUCACGAUGCGCCUGCGUCACGCACAAGAUAUGCGCCUCGUUCUCGCCGCCUGGUUGGCCUGCGGCGGCAACAGUUGGCUCUUUAGCACCGUGCUUAUGGCCGCCGCACCAGAGUCUCUGCGCCAUCUCUGGAUGGGUCUCUGUCGUCGCUGGUGGCGGCUCGUCUAUGGACGCCGCGGUUAG